AUUGAAUACAAAAAACAAAUAUCUUUAAUUUUUUAAAUGUCGGCCGGGGUACAAGAACGUUUGCAAAUGAGCCGAAUGCCUCUGGAUACGUGGACCAAGCGAGAGCAUCUGUGCCUGGCGUCGUCGGUUUCCUGCAGCGGCGAUCAGAACUGGAUAACAGUCAGCCGCACGCUGAAAACAGUCUGCGGCAAUGGCAACAGCAACAACAACAACAGACCGGCAGAUUGGUACUCGCAGAAGAAUUGUGCCCUGCAGUACGGAAACCUGCUGGAGAGCGUGGAGGCCACCAAACGCAAGAAGCGCAGCAGCGAGAGCAGCGCCGGGGUCUCCUCCCCGGCCUCGGUGGAGACGCCAACAGAGCUGCUGCUCCGCCGGCUCACGGAGGAGCGGAUGCUGGAGAUAAAAGCGCAGAUGCGCUCCGACCAGGAAAUGUACCUCAAGAUACAGCGCGAGAUCGAUUCGUUGCAGUCGGACGAGGUGAGCGAGCAGGAGAUGCAGGACAUGUGGCUGGCAAUCGAGAAGGAGCAGGACACGAAGCGCAUUGAGGAGAUGAAAUUGGAGAACCAAAUGCGCGAGCGGGAGCAGCGCAAAAAGGAGAUGACGGCAAGCUGGCGCAACAGCAGUCCUGCCGCCCGACGAUCCAUUCAGACAACAGACACAACCUCCGUCGACAUGGACGUGGAGGAUAUCAGCAGCGGUGGCAACAAGCAGCAGUCCGGGCCGUCACCACUGCUUACAUCCCUACUGAAGUCGCCCACAAGCAGCAGUCCAGCUCCUCCUUCGACCCCCGUGGCUCCUGGCAGUAGUGUGGCCAGAGCCACGGCUCCCACAAUAACUUCGCUGCUGACCAGCGGGGCCAGCACCGUGUCCAGCCAGCCAGCCAUCACCAUGAAGAGCCCCACCGACGCGGCAUUCAUGUCACGCCCCAUGACCGGGCCACCAGCGAGUGAGGCCCUCACACCCACCACUCCCACCCUGGAGCGCAGUCCCUCGCAGGCGGCUCCCACGCUCUCAAUGCUGCUGGAAAAGAACAAGGCGGCUGUAAAGUCUGGUGAGGCUGGCGGCAGCUCGGAGAAAUCUGAGAGCACAGCGAGCCAGGAACAGCCGUUGCUGGAUGACGCAGAGUCCGCCUUGGUCGAUCCCGAUGAAGCCGACCAGCUGCUAGAAGGGCUCUCAAACAUCGACGAAAUAAUCGACGACAUUGACAUUGACAUGGCCAGCGUCAUCGAUGAUGAGAUUUUAAAGGAGGUAGAUGAGGCGAUUGCCUCUCCCGUUGCCGAUAAAUCGGAUGGAAUUGACUUCGAGGACAAGCUGGACGCGCUAAAGCGGGAACAGACCGGGACCACGCCCACCGAGGAAGCUGCCAAGCCUGUAGAAGUGGUGAUUGCCUCUAGUGAUGACUCCAACGAUAACAUACCACUGGCGGCAGUUGCAUCGCAGGACAACAGCAAGGACCGCACUCUAACGGCCUCCGAAGGCAAUGCAACCCCGGAGGAUGCGAACCGUUUGGCCAGCGAGGUGGCUGUAGAAGAGAUCGGUGAGACAAUAACACUUAUCAGCACUUCCAGCGAGGAUACGGCAGGCUCUCCGCCAACUAUGGCUAAGCCUGAGGAGGACUUGGUCGCCGAAUCGGUCCCAAAGGACGAGGAAGAGAAAGCCACAGAAGAUGCGACCAUUGAAGCUGUUGGCGAAGCCGUGGACACAGUAAAAGCAACAGAGGAGCCGGAAAUUAGUCCUGAACCAGCAGCGACAGCAGAAGAAGCCACAGCAAACAAGGAAGAUGCCGACAAGCAGCAGACGCUGGAGGAAAAGACUGCCACCCCCACUGCAACCGUGGCUGUCUCCCUGCACGACACAGACGAGGAGACAUCUUCGUUGACGGACAGCAGCAAGCAGGAUGACCCGCCACGCAGUGUCAGAUCGAAGCAGCAGUCCGUCAAGCAACCGGCCACUGAAGAGUCGAAAGCCGACCAGGAACAAGCUGGAACUCCCCAGCCCCCGUCGGCACCGGCUCGAGCACCGCUUCUGCGCAAGCUGCCCCAUCGAGAUCGCUCCGAGAGUCCCAUGGUUGACGACGAUACCACAACAGCCAGCGACCAUUCGACGGCUAGAUCGAGCACGCGGCGCCGAUGUUCAUCGACGCCAGUCAUCGACAGUAUACCCAAUUCGCCGGCCUCCAGCGAGCACACCGACGAGAAGCGCGAGACCCGAGCCGCCACCAAGAAGCUAUUUCUCUCCAUCUACGCGACGCUGCAGGAGAGCAAGCACGCAGCUCCCUUCCGGCGGCCCUUCCACGACGAGCACGCCCAGCGCCAUGCGGAGAUCUGUCUGCGUCACAUGGACCUGCCCACCAUCAAGCGGAACAUCGACUCUGGCCUGAUACGUAGCCUGAACGAGCUGCAUCGCGACGUGCUGCUCAUGGCCCACAACGUCCUGCUGGCCUACAAGCCCCACACCACGCAGCACAAGACGGCGCGUCUGUUUUUGGAGGAUGUCCAGGCGCUGAAGGAGUUCUCGGUGGGGCACGAGACUGCAUCGAACAGCACUGGUAGCACCUCCACUCCGGCUGCCAACGCCAGCGGGCCCAGCGGCAGCAGCAGCAGCACCACCACCAGAGCCGAGAGGCCGCACGGCAGCAAGGCACGGAGCGGCUUCAGGAAGAGCCAAAGGCAUCAUUAG